AGCUCCUCCCUCUUCCAUGCUUAUGUCAUCGGCCCUUUAAAGUGAUCCCACCAACAGUUGAUGGUUAACAAGCUUGCUAGACUGGUCUUGCCUCACUAUCAUCUUGUUUGAGAACCUACAGUAAUAAUAUAUUGAAGAAUAGAGAGCCAGGUGAUCCCAACCAGGCACCAAUGCAGCGCCUCAACAACCGGUUGGAGAGCCACGUCAGUGGGCAGGUGGAGUGUGAGUUGGACAGCCUGGGGAAGGGUUCCUGGGUGAACCAGGGGUACUGUGGCUCUCCUCCACCCAUACCUCGGGCUAUCAGCACUGUCUACAACCCCCAGCCCCUCUAUCCCCAAGGCUCCUUCGACAGCAUGUGCAAACUGACCACGCCGAGCCCUUUCCCAACCGAGGUCAAGCCGCUGGAGACAGGUUCCGAGAAAAAACGUGGUGGAUGCUGCUCAUUUUUUAAAGGUAGGAAUUGGUUCACCACAUUUUGUUGUUGAUGUAUUUGCAUUUGCUUAAUUUGUAUUAUUUUACCCUGUAAUGUUAUCAAGUUGAAAUUAUGUACAGGAAAUAUUCCCUUCCUUAGUAUCUCAUUGAAGGAAAUGUGUACUUGUGUUUUAAAUUAGUAUAUAAUUUCAGAAUUCUCUGAAAUUAUGGGAUGUUCUUCAAUUAUGUAGGACUGUGGGGCACUACACUGACUGAGAAUACAUCGGACAACCGGGAACUGUUUGUUAAGACUACAAUGAGGGAGUUACUGGUCUAUUUGGUGUUCCUUGUGGACAUAUGUCUAUGUAAGUAUGUCAACAAUACAUGUUUAUUUUUGUUCAUGUCUAUGUAUAUUGAGUGAAUAUAUAUUUCAUUGUAAGAACAUGACUGUAUAGUAACAUCAUAAUUGUAAUUCUGUCGAUACUGUACAUGUGUCUUAAAAACUGAAAUUCAUACAAUAAUUUAUUUUUAGGACUAACAGUAAUUGUGUUAUUUGUAAAGUAGAGUUCCUUAAUUGAAUUUCUUAAGUGUUCUGGUACAAUUCAGGAACAAUCAAUGUUGUUGCAGGGCUUAACUUGGCAUUUGUAUGAAUUUCUAUAUAAUGCUCUGUUUUGGAAGUCUGUCAGAGUAUGCCAGGUCUUAGGAAAGCAAAGCAAACGUAUGAUUCGUGCCUUGUAUAUAGAUCUAGUAAUGAUGCAGAUUGGUGAACGGUAGGCAAAACAAACAGACAGACAGCCUUAUCUGGGUGUAAUUGACAUCUAAAUGAUCACUGUGUUUUGGCAAACUGAAACCUGUGUAAUGUGUUGAUUUAUCAUCAGCUGUUCCUAUCUGCUUUAGUGCCCUACUAUAUAAUACCCUCCUCCUCCCUUCUGGCUGAAAGGCAUUGUCCAGCGGGACAAUGCGACUCAAAGGAACACAGGCAGAGCUCUCCUGCCUUUCACUGAUAAGAGCAUGGGGCUUAAGCUAUUGUUGCUUUGUCUGCAGCGGAUUUACAUUGUUUGAUGAGACUAUUUGCGUCGCUCCAGUGUGCCCUCUCUUCAAACAAAUGACCUGCUCUAAUCGGUGCCACUUUGACUUCGGUGACGUGAUUUUCACUAAAUGACAAAUCUUGAAUGAGAGGCUCUGGCCUGUGUGUCUGUUUCAGACUUUCCUUAUCUUGGACUUUUCAAAGGACAACAUGGUCUGACUGAGCCCUGAGCAAAGUCUGAUAUGAUGAAUCAAUGGCUGGACAUAACAAUGUCGCUGUGUGUUGUCUUUCAGUGACAUAUGGCAUGACCAGCUCCAAUACCUACUACUACACAAAAGUCAUGACGGACCUGUUUGUGCUUACGCCCAGUGACAGUGGGGUUACGUUUCAGUCCAUUAGCAACAUGGCAGACUUCUGGACGGUACGUACCCUCCCUGCUCUAACACUACUGAAAUAUUCAACUGUCUGAUAUCAACUUGUACAGAUACAAUUACUUUGAUCACUAAUAGCAAAAAUGUGACAUAAAUCCAUAAGUGACAUCAAGAUAUCAUAAGAUAAUAAUAAUAAUACAAAAUUAAAGGAAAUACUAAUGCAUUGUUAUAAUAUAUUUUUAAUUUUUUUAAAUGCUUCUACUUGUUCAUGCUGUAACCUACCUACCUCUAUUUCAACAGUAUGCCCAGGGCCCAAUGCUGGACGGCCUCUACUGGACCAAAUGGUACAACAACCAGUCUCUGCAGAAUGGAGACCAGUCCUUCAUCUUCUAUGAGAACAUGCUGCUGGGGGUCCCCAGGAUGAGACAGAUCAAGGUGAUGAACAACUCCUGUAAGGUCCACAAAGACUUCCGCAACGAGAUCUCCGGAUGCUUUGAUGUCUAUAACGAGAAGAAGGAGGAUGAGGUGGACUUUGGCCUUCUUAAUGGAACUGCGUGAGUUCAAUGUUCUUUUCGAUGCUUGUUUGUCCUGACAUGGCUGUAGUUGACUCCUAUGGAACCAUACACUCUUGGGGAAAAAAUGUGCUAUGUAGAACCUAAAAGGGUUCUUCGGCUGUCCCCAUAGGAGAACCCUUUGAAGAACCCUUUUUGGUUCCAGGUGGAACCCUUUUCACAGAGGGUUCCACAUGGAACCCAAAAGGGUUCUACCUGAAACCAAAAAGGGUUCUACCUGGACCUAGAAAUGGUUAUCCUAUGGGGACAGCUGAAGAACCCUUUUGGAACCCUUUUUUCUAAGUGUAGGAGUCUAGAGCCAUGUCUCACGGCAAAGUGUUUGUAUGUUUCUUUUUUCUGACCAAUUUGUGUGUCAAUCAAAUAGACAUUAAGAAAACUUUGAAAAUAUUGACUGUAGAUCUGAAUGGCCUAUGAUAAAAUACCAUAUCUCCUCCAUGUCUGCAGCUGGCAAUACCACAAUGAGAAAGAGAUAAAGGGUUCAGCCCACUGGGGUCUGCUUGCCACGUACAGCGGUGGAGGGUACUACCAGAACCUGAACAAGACCAAGGAGGAGAGUGCUGAGAUCCUGAUGGAGAUGAAUAACAACCUAUGGUUGGACCAUGGCACCAGGGCCGUGUUCGUCGACUUUUCCACUUACAACGCUAACAUCAAUCUGUUCUGUGUCAUCAGGUAGGGAGAACAGACCACUUCACGCAGUAACGCCACUGUAGACUCUUUCACAAGUUCUCAAGUACAGUGCCUAUAGAAAGUCUACACUCCUUGAAAAAUGUAUCCACUCACUACUGUAAGUCGCUCUGGAUAAGAGCGUCUGCUAAAUGACUAAAAUGUAAAUGUAAAUAGAUUUAAUUGUAUUUUUUUGUCAUUGAUUUACACAAAAUACUCCAUAAUGUCAAAGUGAAAAGAAAAUUCUACAAAUUUUUACAAAUUACAUAAGUAUUCACCCCCUUUGUUUAGGCAAAAAUAAAUUAGUUCAGAAGUAACAUUUGGCUUAACAAAUCACAUAAAUUAUAAUGACUCACUCUGUGGGAAAUAAUAUGGGUUGACAUUAUUUUUUUAUGACUACCCCUUCCUCUGUCCCCCAUAAAAACAACAUAUGUAAGGUCCCACAGUCAAGUAUUGAAUUUGAAGCACAGAUUGACUGAUUGAAAAGAAUACAAAUAUACAGAAUAAAAAUAUUCCAAAACAUGCAUACAGUGCCUUUGGAAAGUAUUCAGACCCCUUGACUUUUUCCACAUUUUGUUACGUUACAGCCUUAUUCUAAAAUUGAUUAAAUUGUUUUUUUUCCCUCAUCAAUCUACACACAAUACCCUAUAAUGACAAAGCAAAAUCAGGUUUAUAGGAAUGUUUGCUAAUUUAUAAAAAUACAUAAGUAUUCAGACCCUUUACUCAGUACCUUGUUGUAGCACCUUUGGCAGCGAUUACAGCUUAAGAGUCUUCUUGGGUAUGACGCUACAAGCUUGGCACAACUGUAUUUGGGGAGUUUCUCCCAUUCUUCUCUGCAGAUCCUCUCAAGCUCUGUCAGGUUGGAUGGGGAGCGUUGCUGCACAGCUAUUUUCAGGUCUCUCCAGAGAUGUUCAAUUGGGUUCAAGUCCGGGCUCUGGCUGGGCCACUCAAGGACAUACAGAGACUUGUCCCGAAGCCACUCCUGCGUUGUCUUGGCUGUUUGCUUAGGGUUGUUGUCCUGUUGGAAGGUGAACCUUUGCCCCAGUCUGAGUUCCUGAGCGCUUUGGAGCAGAUUUUCAUCAAUGAUCUCUCUGUACAUUGCUCAGUUCAUCUUUGCCUCGAUCCUGACUAGUCUCCCAGUCCCUGCUGCUGAAAAACAUCCCCACAGCAUGAUGCUGCACCACCAUGCUUCACCAUAGGGAUGGUGCCAGGUUUCCUCCAGACGUGACGCUUGGCAUUCAGGCCAAAGAGUUCAAUCUUGGUUUCAUCAGACCAGAGAAUCUUGUUUCUCAUGGUCUGAGAGUCAUUAGGUGCCUUUUGGCAAACUCCAAGCGGGCUGUCAUGUGCAUUUUACUGAGGAGUGACUUCUGUCUGGCCACUCUACCAUAAAGACCUGAUUGGUAUAGUGCUGCAGAGGUGGUUGUCCUUCUGGAAGGUUCUCCCAUCUCCACAAAGGAACUGUAGAGCUCUGUCAGAGUGACCAUCGGUUUCUUGGUCACCAAGGCCUUUCUCCCCCGAUUGCUCAUUUUGGCCGGGCGGCCAGCUCUAGGAAGUCUUGGUGUUUCCAAACUUCUUCCAUUUAAGAAUGAUGGAGGCCAUUGUGUUCUUGGGGACCUUCAUUGCUGCAGAAAUGUUUGGUACCCUUCCCCAGAUCUGUGCCUCGACACAAUCCUGUCACGGAGCUCUACAGACAAUUCCUUCGACCUCAUGGCUUAGUUUAUGCUCUGACAUGCACUGUCAACUGUGGGACCUUAUAUAGACAGGUGUGUGCCUUUCCAAAUCAUGUCCAAUCAAUUGAAUUUACCACAGGUGGACUCCAAUCAAGUUGUAGAAAUAUCUCAAGGAUGAUCAAUGGAAACAGGAUGCACCUGAGCUCAAUUUCGAGUCUCAUAGCAAAGGGUCUGAAUACUUAUGUAAAUAAGGUAUUUCUGUUUUUUAUUUUUAAUAAAUUGGCAAGAUUUUCUAAAAACCUGUUUUCACUUUGUCAUUAUGGGGUAUUGUGUGUAGAUUGCUGAGUAAAAAAAUAAUAAUUCAUUUUAGAAUAAGGCUGUAACGUAACAAAAUGUGGAAAAAGUCAAGGGGUCUGAAUACUUUCCAAAGGCACUGAAGUAAUACUGCAAAAAAACUGGGACAUUUUUCAGGAUGAAAAUAAACGUGAUGGAUCUAAGCACAGGCAAAAUCCUAGAGGAAAACCUGCUUCAGUCUGCUUUACACCAGACUCUGGGAGAGGAAUUAAAUAUCCUAAUAAAAUACCAUACCAAAUUCACCUUUCAGCAGGACAAUAACCUACAACCCAAUGCCAAAUCUACACUGGAAGACAGUGAAUGUUCCUGAGUAGCCAAGUUACAGUUUUGACUUAAAUCUGCUUGAAAAUCUAUGGCAAGAAAUGAAAAUUGCUGUGUAGCCAUGAUCCCCAACACCUUGACAGAGCUUGAAUACUUUUUUAAAGAAUAAUGGGCAAAUGUUGCACAAUACAGGUGUAAAAAGCUGUUAUGAGACUUACCCAAGAAGACUCACAGCGGUAAUCGCAGCCAAAGGUGUUUCUAACAUGUAUUGACUCAGGGGGGUGAAUACUUAUCUAAUCAAGUUAUAUUAGUGUUUUAUUUUUCAUUAAUCUUUUUUCGAUUUUUUCUUCCACUUUGACAUUACAGAGUAGAUCGUUGACAAUUAAAUCAAUUUAAUCCCACUUUGUAACACAAUAAAAUGUGAACAAAUCCAAGGGGGGGUGUAGACUUUCUAUAGGCCCUGUAUAUGGUGUCCAUAUUAGGACUGAGUCAGGUGACUUUGGAUGUCUUCCAUGGAUGUCCUAAUAUGGACAUCAUACAUGUAUUCUUUCACAAAUGACCAGUGGUUAAUAGUGACUUCCUUUUCUGACAGGUUAUUGGUUGAAUUUCCAGCCACUGGUGGAGCGAUACCCUCAUAUCAGAUUAGAACGGUGAAGCUGAUUCGUUACAUCACCUACUGGGACUACUUCAUCAUUGGCUGUGAGAUGGUGUUCUGCCUGUUCAUCCUCUACUAUAUUGUGGAGGAGAUUCUUGAGCUCCGAAUCCACGGGUUCUCCUACUUCAGCAGUAUCUGGAACACUCUGGAUGUGGUUGUCAUACUGGUGCGAGGACAGGCUGAAACAUCAUUCUCAAUCUAAGUACUCAGUAAUCCAAGAAUCGCAUCAGUUACAUAUCAACCAGUGGUGGCUGGUGACCUACAGAGUUGAGGGGGAUGAUUGUUGUUGAUUUAUGAGUCAUGAUAAAAACCUAACACAAAUCUGUUUUUCCACAGCUUGCCAUUGUUGCAAUCAUCUUCAAUGUUUUUCGCACCAUUAAAGUGGACAAUUUACUUGGUAAACUCUUAGAACAACCUGACAUUUAUGCAGACUUUGAAUUUCUUGCAUUCUGGCAAACACAAUACAACAACAUGAAUGCAGUGAACUUGUUCUUCGCUUGGAUCAAGGUAGAUUACGUUUUUUCUUCCUCAGAAUGUAUCAAUACUUUAAUGCAUUUCAUUGAAUUGUUGACAUUGCCCUUGUUCCAACCCAAAGCUUGACUCCUUCUGUUCUUGCCUCUAGGUUUUUAAGUACAUCAGUUUUAACAAGACUAUGACUCAGCUGUCUUCUACUCUGGGCCGCUGUGCCAAAGACAUCAUGGGAUUCGCCAUUAUGUUCUUCAUCGUGUUCUUUGCCUACGCUCAGCUCGGCUACCUGCUUUUUGGUACGGAGGUGAAAUCCUUCAGCACCUUCGUCAAGUGCAUGUAAGAGAGCACCAAAAUUAAUAACAAUCCAAGACCCACUCAAGCAAUUGGCCAGAUUUUGAAACACUAUUAAUCAAUUACUCAAAUUGGUUUCCUUUUUCUCUGUAGCUUUACACAGUUCCGGAUCAUUCUUGGAGAUUUUGAUUAUGAUGCCAUUGAACGUGCCAACAGAGUCCUGGGGCCAAUCUAUUUCGUCACCUAUGUGUUCUUUGUCUUCUUUGUGCUGCUUGUAAGUUGAACUGAACAAAAUACUUUCUACUAGAUUUUAGAAGAGUAAACUACACUUUGCCAUCUUAUUUUCAUGGAUUUUCUUCCCUAGAACAUGUUUCUGGCCAUCAUCAACGACACAUAUUCUGAGGUCAAGGAAGAGCUGUCAUCCCAGAAGGAUGAGCUGCAGAUUACUGACAUCAUCAAACAGGUAAACAUCUAUAUUAUACCAAUGUAAGAUGGCAUAUGAUACAAAUCAGAAUAUAAUAUAUACACUGAGUAUACAAAACAUUAAGAACACCUGCUCUUUCCAUGACAGACUGGCCAGGUGAAUCCAGGUGAAAGCUAUGAUCCCUUAUUGUUGUUAAAUCCACUUCAAUCAGUGUAGAUGAAGGGGAGGAGACAGGUUAAAGAAGGAUUUUUAAGCCUUGAGACAAUUGAGACAUGGAUUGUGUAUGUGUGCCAUUCAGAGGGUGAAUGAGCAAGACCAAAGAUUGAAAUGCCUUUGAACGGGGUAUGGUAGUAGUGCCAGGUGCACCGGUUUGUGUCAAGAACUGCAACGCUGCUGGGUUUUUCACGCUAAACUGUUUCCUGUGUGUAUCAAGAAUGGUCCACCACCUAAAGGACAUCCAGCCAACUUGACACAACUGUGGAAACCAUUGGAGUCAACAUGGGCCAGCAUCCCUGUGGAACGCUUUUGACACCUUGUAGAAUCCAUGCCCUGACGAAUUGAGGCUAUUCUGAGGGCAAAAGGGGGGGUGCAACUCAAUACUAGGAAGGUGUUCCUAAUGUUUGGUAUACUCAGUGUAUAUAAUAUAUGCAAAAUAAUAAAUAAAACAUGCAUACAUUUUUGUGUUUCAGAGCUACAUGAAGACAUUUAUGAAAUUGAAACUGAAAAAGGAGAAGAUAUCCGAUGUUCAGAAAGUCCUACGAUCUGGAUCGAACGAACUAGAAUUCAAAGACUUUAGAGAAACUCUGAAAGAGUAGGUCACUAUCCUCGUAGACAAAAUAAAAAUCAGUAAACAUAAAUUCAAAUCAAUCAGAUUCUAGUCUAUUCUCUCCUUUCUUGUCUUAACCCUACAGGUUGGGACAUGCCGACCAUGAGAUAUCUGAAGCUUUCUCCAAAUUCGACCGUGAUGGAAACCAAAUUCUGGACCAAGAGGAGCAAGAGAGGAUGAAGAGGGAGCUGGAGGAGAAGAGGGUUAGUGGAAAACUAGAAAUGUAACCUAACCCCUCUGCUAUUCAUAUGAUAAAAUAAAUCCAUUCACAUAUAUUCUCAUGUCAUUAUCCUCAGGAUGCUCUUAGUGCCGAGCUCAACAACCUUGGAAAAAACUAUGGGAAUGGCUCUCUGGAGAAAUCAACGGUGGAGCAUGGCAAGCCAAGUAACACUCUGAUGGAGCAGGAGGACUUCCAGAGGUGUGUUGAGUAUUUGCAUUGAAUAUAACGCAGGUUAAUCUCGGCUCCCAGAACCAAAUCAGAUAGGCUAUCAAGAGAGACUAAGCGCAGGAAGCUGAUACCAUUGUCUCUUGAUGAGAUGGCCACUCCAAACAAACACCUAUGUAAGUGCACCAUAAAUAACUCCUAAUUGACUUGUGUCAUAUGAAAACCACAAGCUUUUUAUAAUCUUACGAAACAUCAACAGCUGGUUACAUACUGAGGUAGAGAUGUAUACUGUACAUGCAUUGUUGUUGUCAGACAACAAUUAUCUUUCAAAUGAGACUAGAAAUACACUACAUGACCAAAAGUAUGAGGACACCUGCUCAUCGAACAUCUCAUUUCAAAAUCAUGGGUAUUAAUUUGGAGUUAGCCCCGCUCUUUGCUGCUAUAACAACCUUCACUCUUCUGGGAAGGCUUUCCACUAGAUGUUGGAACAUUGCUGCAGUGUCUUGCUUCGAUUCAUCCACAAGAGCAUGAGUGAGGUCGGGCACUGAUGUUGGGCGAUUAGGCCUGGCUCGCAGUCGGCGUCCCAAUUCAUCCCAAAGGUGUUCGAUGGGGUUGAGGGUCAGAGAACACGUUUCCACUGCUCCAGAGUCCAAUGGUGGCGAGCUUUACACCACUCCAGCCGACGCUUGUCAUUGCGUAUGGUGAUCUUAGGCUUGUGUGCGGCUGCUCGGCCAUGGAAACCCAUUUCAUGAAGCUCCCAACGAGCAGUUAUUGUGAUAACGUUGCUUCCAGAGGCAGUUUGAAACUCGGUAUUGAGUGUUGCAACCGAGGACAGACGAUUUUUACGCGCUAUGCGCUUCAGCACUCGCCGGUCCCAUUCUGUGAGCUUGUGUGGCCUACCACUUCGCGGCUGAGCCGUUGUUGCUCCUAGACGUUUCCACUUCACAAAAACAGCACUUACAGUUGACCGGGGCAGCUCUAGCAGGGCAGAAAUUUGACGAACUGACUUGUUGGAAAGGUGGCAUCCUGUGAUGGUGCCACGUUGAAUGUCACUGAGCUCUUCAGUAAGGUAAUUCUUCUGCCAAAGUUUGUCUAUGGAGAUUGCAUGGCUGUGUGCUCGAUUUUAAUACACCUGUCAACAACGGGUGUGGCUGAAAUAGCCACAUCCACUAAUUUGAAGGGGUGUCCACAUACCUUUGUAUAUAGAGUGUAUCAGAGGAAGUAAAUAUCAAACCACACAUCCAUGCAGUCAUGUCCAGCAUUGCACCAUUUUCAUUGUGUACCAUCUACUCUAAUGGCAAUAAUUUUUCCUCUAUUCAAUCAAAGGUUGGUCAGACAGGUUCUCCAACUAGAACACUCAGUAGCUGCUAUCAUGGCCAAGAUGGAUAUAGUCAUGGAGAAACUGGAACUGCAGGAGAGCAACAGGACUAAAGGGAAGGAAACAAUAGGAAAACCAAGUGCGGUCAAAAACUACGUGAGAAUGUUUUGAAUUCAAUCAAGUUUUCUGUGUUGAGCAUGUUUGGUAUUCAGUCAAGUUUUCUGUCUUGAGCAUGUUUGGUAUUCAAUCAGGUUAUCUGUCGUGCAUUUUUGGUAUUUCUUCAAUAAAGUUUGCAAGAGUUGACCACUUGUUUACUGUACACUUCCCCCAGAAUGAAAAAUCAGCUUCAGAUGGGAAUGUUAUGGUAUAUAUGGAUAGAGGGACAAGGGCUGAGAUGGCACCCUGGAGAUCAACCAUUCCUGCUGGAAGUGCCACCUAUGAUCGUCCUGGGACAGGCUGGCCAACGGCCAACAGCCACAUGUGAAGCAUAUUUAACUGACUUAAAGGCAAUGGUGAAUGGCUUAACAGGUUAUAAUCACUUCAAUUCAUGUUCAAAAUUCUGCUAUAUAUUGUACAUGUAUUCCUUUUAAGUCAGAGAGAGAGGUUAAGAUAAUGUAACAUGUAACUUUAUAUAUUAAUUGUACUGUCCAUACAUUUGUGCUGGGCUUUGUGAUUGAUGUGUUAAUCUUGUUUGUUGUUGC